GUGGGAUUGUGGUGUUGCAGAUCAGGCAGCCUCCAUUACGUGAGGUUCACACUAAACCUAGUUAUCUCCACUUAUAUCCGCUAACGCCUCACGUGUACCAUUCCGACCACCAACUCUGCUGCAUACAAGAUAGUUCGCAACCUUGGCACGUCAUCUCUACCGGUCGCAAACAUGUCCAACCUAUCCAUCAACACCAAAUAUCGCAUGCUAUCUGGCUACGAAAUCCCAGCACUAGGCUAUGGAGUCUAUCAAACACCCGCCACCGAGUGUGCGGAAGUAGUGCAGCAUGCGCUCAAGAACGGGUAUAAACACGUCGACUCUGCGGUUGCGUACCGGAAUGAACAGCCAUCGGCUGAAGGCAUGAAGGCCAGUGGCAUCGCAAGAGAUGAGCUGUUCUUCACAUCAAAGAUCCCACCUAAGGACAUGAACUACGAGAAUUCGAAGCAGCACAUCGACAACACGUUAAAGAUCACUGGUUUCGAUUAUGUGGAUCUAUACCUUCUGCACUCGCCCUAUGGAGGCAAGGAGAACCGGAUUGGGGCGUGGAAGGCGCUUGUUGAGGGUGUAGAGGCUGGAAAAAUUCGGAGCAUCGGUGUGAGUAAUUACGGUGUUCAUCAUCUCGUUGAGUUGGAGACAUAUAUCAAGGAGACAGAGAACAGUCAAGGCAAGGGCAAGGGUGGUGUGAUCAGUAUCAACCAGGUGGAGCUACACCCCUGGCUUGCAAGGAAGGACAUCGCCGAUUGGUGCAAGCAGAGAGGUGUACUCUGUGAGGCAUACUGCCCGAUUGUGAGGGCGACAAAAAACGAUGAUCCUCUCUUGGCACCAUUGGUGAAGAAGUAUGGGAAGACGCCAAGUCAGGUCCUGAUUCGGUGGAGUUUGCAGAUGGGCUUUAUUCCUCUUCCAAAGUCUGUCACAAAGUCCAGAAUCGAAGAGAACGCCCAGGUCUACGAUUUCGAGCUAUCUGCAGAAGACAUGAAGACCCUCGACAUCGAAUCUUAUGAGCCGUGUGCGUGGGACCCUACUGUCAGUCGCGAUUAGUUGAAUUUUCGCUCCACAACGAGCAGGCAAGAGAUCAUUAACGGUCAUGAUGAAUUGAACAUAUACUUUCUGUAUGGUGGUAUCUUCUUAACAAACAAAAGAAAUAUUACAA